AUGGCUCACAACACUUCCGGCCAUAAGCAGACGCAAAUGGCUCUGGACCCAAAAGAUAGGCCACGCUAUUCGAAGGAGCAAUUGCAGACGUACUUUGAGCGCAUCAAGCUGCCACAGAAGUGUCUCGAUUCACCCGUCUUCACAGAACCAGCUCUUGCUAAAACCACGGAGCAUGGCCUUCCACUCGUACAUGCUAUGACCCGCUAUCACGCUGCUUUCGUCCCGUUUGAGAACCUCGAGCUUCACUACUCCUCACACAAGACGAUCAGUCUCAACAUGGACGAUCUGUUCACCAAAUUCGCCGAACGUGGCCUUCAGUACGGCCGCGGUGGGCGCUGCAUGGAGAACAACGGUUUCUUCGGUACAGUUCUACGAUCACUGGGUUUCGACGUCCGCAACUGCGCGGGCAGAGUCAGCCGUAUGCAUAACCCCGACCGCACCGUUCGCGAGCAGCAAGGCCAGACGUAUGACUGCUGGAAUCACAUGCUAAACCUUGUCCGCUUCGACGAUGAAUGGUACAUCGUCGAUGUAGGCAUGGGCGCGAUGGGACCUAACACCCCAUACCCGCUGCGUGAUGGAUAUGAAACUGUGAGUCUGUCUCCCAGACGCAUCCGGCUGCAAUGGCGAAGUAUACCCGAGCACGCGGCGGGAAGGUAUGAAGAUGCGCAGAAGCUAUGGUGCUACGACGUCUGCUAUCACCCUUCCGAAACGGAUCCAUCAAGUAACAUCUGGACGCCCACCUACUGCUUUACGGAGACGGAGUUCUUACCGCAGGACUACGAGAUGAUGUCGUGGUUCACAUCAACCCACCCGAAGUCUUUCUUCACGAAGUCGUUGCUAUGCACGAGGAUGCUGAUGGCGGAUAGAAUUGAGGAGUUGGUUGGCGAUCUCACCAUGUUUAAUGACCGUGUGGCGAAGACGGUGGAGGGAAAGAGGGCGGUUGUGAGGGAGCUGAAGACGGAGCAGGAGAGGAUUGAUUGCUUGAAGGAGAUGUUUGGCAUCAAUCUCACGUCAGAGGAGAAGAGUGGCAUCACCGUGGGUGUGCUUGAGAGUUGA